UUCUGCCUGUCAGUGGAACUGCGGCGUCUUUUUAGGCGGUUUUAUCUGGCUCUCUCGUUUUUUAACGGUGUCUUUUUUUUUGUACCGGUGGCGUUUUGGCUAACUGCCCUGCUAAUCUUAUACUAUUUUGAAAAUUUGACUGUAUACAGUCUCGACUAAAAUAUCUGCUUGGAGGUUAAAACGUAUAUCUGGGUGCCGUUUCCACCACGUAAACAUGAAGUCUUCCGUCUUGCUGUUAGCCGCCUUCUUACUCAAGGUACUGGUGUCGAGUCCCGGAGGUCAAGCCCAAACAACAGCGACAGACCCAAUCGACCACUUCCAGCCAGACAAACAGACAAAUUUCCCAACAUCAGUCGCGCGUGUUACCGCCACCGGUAAUAUUACCUUAAACAGAUGUGCAGAAGCUUGCCUGAAUUCCUCAGCCUGCUUGGCCUUCCGAUGGCCGCGUGCAAUCGGCUUCUACGAUACCUGCCAUAUGUACCUAGAAGUCGGAGAACCAAUAACUGACAGCACCAGUGACUUGUACUUCAAGAUUCUACCCGCGCCACCAGGGACGCAACCGACGGCUACUCAAGGCAGUUCUACGGAGGGCAGUAGUCAACCACCCACGCAACCAGCGACGCAACCACCCAAGGAACCAGCGACACAACCACCCGCGCAACUACCCCCGCAACUACCCCCGCUACCACCCCCGCAACCACCCCCGCAACCACCCACGCAACCACCCACGCAACCGACAACUACUCCAGGUCAUACUACCGAAGCAAAGUACGUGCCUGCAGACGACAAAGUGGGGCCUGGUGUUCUGGCGGGAGUUGCCAUAGCGACGGUAGUCGUCGGGUUCAUUCUCGGAGUGGGGGUGAGCCGGCUGGUGCAGUGGUGCCGUUCCAAGCCGAAGGGUCAAAGUUCAAGGCAGGCUGGUUUGGAAGGAGAAAACUCCACCGCGGUGCGUUUGGUGCCGGUCCCGCUCCCUCGCCCAGACCAGAUGGGGACCGUCCGGGUCCACUAUGACGUCCCAACAGCAGGCGCGCCGCGUUUUCUUCGCCAGACAAGCGGUCAGUACCAGGAACUCCGGCCGGCAGAGUACCAAGGCUUGGUGCACGGCGAUGAGAAUGACGAGGAAGAGGAGUAUGUAGAGCCCAUCGCAAGGGAAGAUUCCGAGGCUCCAUACGAGGCGGUAGACGACAGUUACCUUGAACUUCAACCAUAACUUGUUUGUUUGUUUGUUUGUUUGUUUGUUUGAGCCAUCAUUCGUGAAAAACUGAACUUGGCCUGCUAUUUUGUAUGUAUUAGUAACUAGUUUUGGGUUACAUCAUGUUGCAAUUUUAUAGCAGGAGGGAUUUAGACUCCAUGUGUAU